UUUACCUUGAACGGUGCCGGUAGUUGGAUAUAUUUGUGUCUCGCUAUACCUGUACUUGUCGUGCAUCUCGCUUUGUUUAUACUUAAGGUGAACGAGUGUAGUGCCCUUUUACCAAUGGGAUUAUGAAAACCGAAAAAAGAACGACAUGACUUAAAUGAAACCUAUCUUUGACCAAUAAGUACCAUCAGUGCAAUGGCCUUACAAUCCAAAAUCAUCCCGAUGACCCUCAGCCUCCACCAUCUGCGCCCAUAAAUUUCCCCGCAAAAAAUGUGUGGCAGUGAAAACCGUGGGAUCCCGAGCAAAAACGCGUCGUGACGCUACAAGGUGACGUCACGGGCCCGGAUACUUCGUAAAAAAAUUGUGUGUUGUGGUGUGCUGUACAAACAAAAAAUAUUGUCAUAUGCGCGAAGUGGACGCUGUGAAGUUGCGGAGCGCGGGCUACGAACCGCCUCGAAAUGGUACGGUGGCGCCAUCGUGCGGUGUCAUGACCGACUGGGAUCAGAUGUUCGUUAGAUCGCUGGCCAGACCACCGGCAUGCAGAUCCCUGCAAGACCUGCAAGUUAUUUACUACGGUUUGAGCGGAUUGGAGGCGCUGCAGACGCUGCGGGAUUCUGCUUUGAGAGCGCUUUGUAAAGUGGUUCGCUAUGAGAAGCAUCAGGCCAACGAUGUUUUGUACUACACAGGGGAGCUGUCAACAUGCUGGUACAUCCUUCUUUCUGGUUCAGUCUUCAUCGACGGUUCCAUGUUUUUGCCUCGUUCCAGUUUCGGGAAAAGAACUGGAGGCAGCGCCCGCCGUCAAAACGUUUGCUUCGUGCUGGAACCGUCAGAGAUGAUUGUCAUCGAUUAUCCGGACAUCGAACAGAGUAGAAGAGUACAAAAUUCGCCACUAAUGGAUCAUCCGCAACAUCGUAAUAUUAACAUCAUGUUGGAUCACGGGUAUGGUCAAAAUAUGAUCAGACCCAGCCUCUACCACAAAUGCAGUCGAGGCUCCCAUUCUUCAGACACGAGUUCGGCCUACAGCGGCUCAGACACCAUGGCCUCAAACCAUUCGGAACUCGACGGAGACGACAUCGACUUCACUGGCUUGGUCGAGAGCAUAGUGGACAGCGAUGAAGAAGACGACUUGGCCGAAAGCAUGGACAGUUUGACAGUAAGGGACCGAGUGCGUGACUGCCUCGAGAAAGAACCUCAAGAACGUACAGAAGACGACAUCGAGGCGUUGUUGGAGUUCACCCAGCACCUGAAGGCCUUCACCAACAUGACUUUGGCUGUGAGAAGGGCGUUGUGUGCUGUUAUGGUGUUCGCGGUGGUGGAUAAAGCUGGAACGACGGUGAUGAACGACGGCGAGGAGUUGGAUUCGUGGUCGGUGGUGGUUAAUGGGUGUGUGGAGGUGAUAAUUCCGGGGGAAGAAAGUCAAGCGUUGACCACGGGGGAGGCGUUCGGGAUUUUGCCUACCAUGGAGAAGUUGUAUCAUAAAGGGAUUAUGGUUACCAAGUGUGAUGACUGCCAAUUUGUUUGUAUUACACAGUCGGAUUACUACAGAAUAUUGCAUCAAGGCGAAGAAAACACCCGCCGCCACGAAGAAAACGGCAAAGUCGUCAUGGUGACAGAACUCCGCGGCUCUAUGGAACCCAGCAGUAAUCGAAGAGGUCACGUGGUAAUUCGAGCCACUCCAGAACGCUUAAUGCUGCAACUCGUCGAAGAAAAUUCGCUCACUGACCCCACAUACGUCGAAGAUUUUCUCUUAACCCAUCGAACGUUCAUCUCAAGUCCACUGCACGUAGCCAACCAACUUCUAGAGUGGUUUAAAGAUCCAGAUGUUCGAGACAGAGUAACCAGAGUAGUGUUAUUAUGGGUCAACAACCAUUUCACCGACUUCGAAACCGACCCUGACAUGAUCGAUUUCUUGGAGACAUUCGAACAAGGAUUAGAAAACGAAAAAAUGAGCGGACAACUGCGGCUUCUCAAUAUCGCUUGUGCGGCGAAGGCGAGACUUCGAAACGUCGUUUUGGCCAGAUCGAGUCGCGAAGAACCCUUGAAUUUCCAAAUUUUGGGCGGGUUUGAGAGGAAUUUCGGAAUUUUUAUCUCGAAAGUUGAUAAGAAGACGAAAGCCGAGGACGUGGGGUUGAAGAGGGGUGAUCAAAUUAUAGAGGUUAACGGACAAAGCUUUGAGCAUGUGAGUCAUGCCAAAGCGCUCGAAAUUCUCAGAGGAACUACACAUCUCAGUAUCACGGUUAAAUCGAAUCUUCUACACUUUAAGGAAAUGCUUAACACUCCAGAUAAUUCUCCACGACCAAGAAGUCGAAAAGUAUCGGAAAUUUCGAAGUUGCAACCCGAUCCUAGAGCCAGGCUUUCAAGUGUGGAUGGAAACCUGAUUCUCAGUAACGAGUCGCCGUGUUCACAACCUGUAACAAUCGGGAGUCCACAGAAGGAGAAUAAGAAACCCAGUUUCAUGACUUUGGGACCCAAAAGGCGGUUGCAGAAGGCGCUGAUGAAGAUGAAUAUUUUACCCAAGAAUAUCAUCAAUUUUAGUGUUGGAACCGAUCAGGUGGAUAAUUUUAAUGCUCCGAGCAAUCUGGGGUCGAAUUUGUAUCAGUCCCAAAGCAAUCCUGAUUUGAUGUCGAUUUGCUACGACGAUCUCAGGUGCACCGACUAUCCAGAACAUGUUCUCAAGGUGUACAAACCCGAUCAAAGUUACAAAUAUCUACUGGUCCACAAAGAGACCACCGCUCACGAAGUCGUGAUGUUGGCCCUCCAAGAGUUCGGCAUCACCGAUCCUAGUAGCAACUACAGUCUGUGUGAAGUGAGCGUCACGGACACCCAGACGAUCAAGCAGCGCCGCCUACCUGAUCAACUUCAAAAUUUGGCUGAAAGAAUCGGACUUAACAGUCGCUAUUACCUGAAAACAAACGGAAUCACCGAAACUUUAGUACCUGACGAACUCGCUCCUGAAUUAGUUAGAGAGAGCGCCGUUCAUUUCUUGCAGCUGAAUGCCGUAGAGGUCGCGAUUCAGCUAACCUUGCAAGAUUUUAGCAUUUUUAGACAGAUAGAACCGACUGAGUAUAUCGACGAGUUGUUUGAACUUAAGUCGAAGUAUGGGACGCCUAUGUUGGAACAGUUCGCCGCGUUGGUUAAUAAGGAGAUGUUCUGGGUUGUGACGGAAGUGUGCAGUGAGCACAAUCCGGUGAGGAGAAUGAAAAUUAUUAAGCAAUUUAUUAAAGUAGCAAGGCAGUGUAAAGAGUGCAAGAAUUUUAAUUCCAUGUUUGCUAUUAUAAGUGGUUUAGGGCAUGGUGCAGUAUCAAGAUUGAGACAGAGCUGGGAUAAGCUGCCAGGGAAGUACCAAAGGGUAUUUUCAGAUCUGCAACAGCUAAUGGACCCUUCAAGAAACAUGAGCAAGUACCGACAACUCGUCAGUGCUGAGCAAAGUCAACCGCCUAUAAUCCCCUUUUAUCCCGUGGUCAAAAAAGACCUCACCUUCAUCCACCUGGGCAACGAUUCACAAGUUGAGGGCCUAGUCAACUUCGAGAAGCUCCGAAUGAUCGCGAAAGAAGUGCGAUCGUUGAGCAACAUGUGUAGUAGUCCGUACGAUCUCUUGACGAUGUUGGAGUUGGGCGGGCAGCCGGCGAGCAACGCCAUGGUCGCGCUCAACCAGCUGACAACGGCGUCGUCGCAGCACCAUCCGCAGGGUCAGACGACUGUGAAGAGGAGGAAAAAGUCGACGGCGGCGCCCAAUCCGAAGAAGAUGUUCGAGGAGUCGCAGAUGGUGAGGAGGGUCAAGGCGUACUUGAAUAAUUUGCACGUCGUGACGGACGAAGUGAAACUGCACGAGAUGUCGUUGGAGUGUGAAGCGGCGUCGGGUAGCGGGUCGUCUGGACCGGGAAGUCAGAGGGGAAAGCGGCACGCGUCGCCGGCGCCGUCUACGACGAGUAGUACGAGUAGUACGAGUGAUGAGAGAAAACCGACUGCCAAGUUUGGCUCAGCAUCUCCCCAGGCCGUCAGAAAACUGCUCUCCCUCUCCGAACCCAACAAAACGCGGCCACACCAACCCAGACAACUACCGACCCACGGCAUCAGCACAUCUCAAGCAAGCCCUGCAGUACGAAGGGCGCCUAGCGCUACCGGUAGUUAUUCGAGUUACGGAUCACACAGUUCUAGUAGUUCGGGUGCGGGCGGCCGCGCCAUGCAUGAAAGAUCGCAUUCGGAUACCCCUACACCUUUGCCUUCCGUUGCUCUUUCGGCUGAAAGCAGUAGUGUCACGUCGCUCAGUAACUUGCCCCUAAGAAAAACUGUUACUUCCGGUUCUGUAACUUCCUCAGACUCAGGUCACAGCACUAUGAGUCAUUGUACGACAAGUUCUGGUGAGGGCACAAUUGGACUCACACACCCUUACCAACCUCGGUGCCCGAGUCCGCCACGGCACCCUCCACCUCUGCCAGGCUGGUAUCCCAAUACCGGUGCUAUGCCUCCUUGCCCCCAUGCUGUGGCCGUUUUGCCCCCUUUACCCCCCGCUUUGCGCAAUGGUGCUGGCCGGAGGCAGCCCCCCGCAUACAGCGUAGCAGCUCAAAUGGCUCGGUUACAUCGGUUAGGCCGUGCCCAUUCCCACGAAGGUGUCACUCAGGGUUACCUGUACCAUAACGAUCCUGACACAGAUCAGGAUGAUGAAGAGACGCAAGUGUCGGCGGUUUGAGAAAAUUCGAAUCUUUAUUCCAGUGAUUUUUAAAGUAUACAUAGGUGUCGCAUAUCACCCUCAAUGUCCUAAUACUCAUAUCUAAUAAGUGUCGUUCUGUAUGUAUGUACGUACACGAUCUGUGCAAAAAUGGAGGUACUGAGACGAAGACGCUUCGAUUUAAUUUAUUUAUUAUUUAUCGAAUGAUUUUUUAAGUGCGUUCCGUUGUCGCGUCUCCGUCUCUGUGGGAAGUACCUGAUUAUUUUUAAUGUUUUGACAUGCUACAUUAGCUAUUUGUAUAUUUUGGAUAUAAUUAUGGUGUUUUCUUUUUUAAUUUUAUAGUUUAGUUUAAAGAGAUUUUUAUACCGUGUACAUAACAUACCUUUGUAGUAUUUAAUCUUUUUUAAACAAAUUUUAUAUUUCUGCAAUGUUGAUCAAUCAUUCCACUUAGUACUUUGAGACGUACUACUUUUCCAUUUCGAGUACAUGACGGAAUUAGCAUUUGUAUUUUUCUUAUUUAGACUGACGAGAACAUGAACGUAAGAUUCUAUUAACAGUUGCAAUUUUAAUUUAGGUUUUGUGAUUCAACUAGUCCUCAGUUUGUUUUUAAAGUGCGAGGAAAAGCGACGUUUGCCACUUCUGUGCACUAUUUUUGUAUUUAAGCGUAUGUAGAAGAGUGAAUGAAGGAAAAGGAGGUGUGGUGAACGUCGCUUUUUCGUCUCACUGAAAUGAUAUUACAAAUGUUAUUAGUAAUAUGAAUGUAAUAUAUUUAUAAGCUGAAUGUAUAUCUGUAUAUUAGUGUACAAAUUAAAUUCAUUCACAAUAAAUGUAUGUAGAUAUGA